AUGGUUUUCUCGGUUCGAGCGCCAGAGCUCUGCCGUCAGUGCCGCGAGCGCCAUGCCGCCGCCGCCACCGCCGCUGCCGCGCGACGCGCGCGCGCUCCCGCUGCGUCCGCGCACACACGGUCAAGCAAUGCGAGCGCGGGUGCGGGCGCGGAGCCGCCAUCGCCAGGCGAGUCGGCGCUGGAGCGCGCGCUGGACUCGCUGGGCGCGUUCGGGCUGUACCAGCGCUACGCCGUGGCGCUGUGGUGCCUGCCGGGGGUGCUCGCGGCCAUGUACUCGCUCAACUACGUGUUCGUCGCCGACGUCGUGCCCUUCCGCUGCCUGGUCCCGGAGUGCGAGCGCGACGGCCCGUCGGAGCUGGCGCCCGCGCUGCUGCCGCCGGAGGCCUGCGCGCGCUACCGCCCGCUCAACCACUCCCUCGCCUCCUGCCUGCGGGGCGACUACCACGAGACGGACACCAUACCCUGCACGGCCUUCCUCUACGACAACCAGGAUACCACCUUCGCCGAGUUCGACCUGGGAUGCCGCGAGUGGAUGCGCACCCUGGUGGGCUCCGUGCGCAACUCCGCGCUGCCCGUGGCCCUCCUGCUCACCGGCUACCUGUCCGACUCGUACGGGCGGCGCACGGCGUUCUGCCUGUUCGGCGCGUGCGCGGGCGCGCUGGGGCUGGUGAAGGCCUUCUCCUACAACUACACCAUGUACGUCACUAUGGAGUGGUUCGAGGCGGCGCUGGGCUACGGGUUCAACUCCGCCGCAUACGUCAUGGUGGUGGAGCUGGCGCGUCCGUCGCUGCGCACGGCAUUCGCGGCGGCCACGGGCGUCGCGUACGGCGUCGGCGGCGUGCUGCUGGCGCUAGCGUCGCGGCGCGUGGCGUACUGGCGCCACCUGCUGCUGGCCGCGCACGCGCCCGCGCUGCUGCUGCCGCUCUACUGGCUGCUCGGCGACGAGAGCGCGCGCUGGCUGCACGCGCGCGGACACCGCCACCGGGCAGAGGCCGUUAUACGGAAGGCGGCCAGAUGGAACAAGGUGACCCUCGACGAGAGCCUGAUGAGCGAGGUGGCCACGGAGAACGUGUCAGGAGAGAAGAAGCCGGAGGGCAACCCGUGGCUGGCGCUGCUGCGCUCGCGCGUGCUGCUGGCGCGCUUCGGCGUCUGCUGCUGGUGCUGGGUCGCCACCGCCUUCGUCUACUACGGCCUCACCAUCAACUCCGUCACCCUGGCCGGGGAUAAGCACGUGAACUUCGCGCUGAACAUGGCGAUGGAGGUGGUGGCGUCGCUGUUCCUGGUGAUGGUGCUGGAGCGCUGCGGCCGCAAGUGGAGCAUCUUCGCCGCCUUCCUCGUCUGCGGCGUCGUCUGCGUCACGCCCUUCUUCGUCUCUCACGCGGGCACCGGGCUGGGGCUGUUCAUGGUGGGCAAGCUGACCAUCACGUUCGCGUUCAACGCGCUGUACGUGUUCACGGCCGAGCUGUUCCCCACCGCCACGCGCUCCUCGGCGCUCGCCGCCUGCUCGCUGGUCGGCCGCCUCGGCUCCGUGCUGGCGCCGCAGACGCCGCUGCUGCUAUCGAACAAGUACAUCCAAGCGCUGCUGUACGGCGUGUGCUCGCUGCUGGCGGCGCUGGCGCUGCUGGCGACGCCGGAGACGCGGCGCGCGCGCCUGCCCGCCGCCGUGGCCGCCGCCGAGCGCCUGCGCGCGCCGCCGCCCGCGCCCGCACCCGCGCCGCCGCCGCCGCCCGCUCAGCGCGUGCUCACCGCCGACACCUGACCACCAGCUGCCUACGCGACAUGUCUGCUACUGCUACCUCGCCAGGGAGUAACCCUAGUCUAAGGGAAUACUUCCUCAUCACUUCCAUAGCAAAAGUGGUGGUCACCCAGCUCCGUUACGUCGGUUUACCGAUCGCCGGCCGGCUU